UGCAAUCGACACGAAUGGACUCACAGAUAAAUGAAACAGUUGCGGAAGUAAAGACAGACACAGAAUGUAUUCACGCGGUUUUAUUACAAAUCGUCAAUUCACAAGCGGGAUGUAGCUGCAAAGAUAAAAUUACUGAAUUCAAGAAAGAUCUUGACGCUCUGAAGGAAAGGGUGUCAACAAUGGAAGAAGAAUACUGGCAAGUAAAACAGAGACGUGACGAGGUAAAGAAUGCAAGAGCGAGACGACUGGGUGAACACUUCACACAACUUGAACAUAUUCAGAGUAGCAUAGGAAGCAUGGAACUCAACCGACCAUCGGGUACAGGGGCAGGCAGCGAGUAUGAAGAAAGAAUGCGAUCAACAGAACGUACUACAUCCGUGUCAGAUUUCGGAGCAAGUUCGCCAUCACUUAAACCGGAGAAACAUACAAACCGGGUCUGCGUUAAAAGGCAGUCGGAAAGACGGAAUUCGAUGGAUGUAGAAAAAUGGCAACUUCUGGGAAGACAAGAAAUAGAAAGGGUGUCUUUGAUGCCUCAUCCACAUAGCGGCUACCACACUGUUUUGCUGCUGGACAUAUCAGAAAGUAUGGCAUCGGGGGAUUCUUGGAAAAAUGUCAAAACAUUCGUGAACGACUUCCUUUCUGGCCUCGAAGAACAUUCUGCACUGUCUCAGCGAUCACGACACCGUUUUAAUGAACAUGUAAGCCUCGUUACGUUUGGGCAUCAAACACACGUGGAGACACCAAUGACAAAAGAUUUCAAAGUAAUCAGAAAUAAGAUAGAUCAGAUUGCGUUAGGCGGUCCAAGUCCUCUUCUCGGAGGUCUGCUCGUUGCACAGGCUGUUUUAAUGUCCGUCCAGGGUACUCCUAGUGUGAUGCACAAUAUAAGUAUGCAUCAUAAGGUCAUCGUUUUAACGGACGGACAGCCAACAGAGAUGUCGCUGUAUAGCGGACCAGAUGUGGUAGACGAAACUAAACUUGACGAGGAUAUGGCAAACAUAGUGAUGGUAUUGGACAUAUUACACGAUGCCAAGAUGUCGGUAUUCUUUGUUGAUGUCCCCAAUUGCGCCACAACAUUUUUCCCGUGUAUCCGAUCUGAUGCGCCAUACAGAAAUGUAUUUUACUGCAAUGAAGGACGCAGAUUGGCAAGACGCAAUUAUCUUUGUACAACAAAGAUGGACGAUUUAGAAAGUGUUGAUGAAAAUCUGACAGCAGAGGAUAAGGAAGAUUUGCGUGACAUUGUAUCAACAACAAAUGCACACGCCGCGGAUGCAAUCAAUCGUGCAUGCGAACAUCGUAUCACUGGUAUGUACCGCGAGAGCAACUGCAAAACACUUCCCAUCAUUGGUUCUCGCGUUCGCAGAGGACCCGAUUGGAAAUGGAAAAACCAGGACAGCAAUGGUGUGGGGACUGUGGUUGGACAUUGGGACAAUGAAACAUGGGUGACUGUUGAGUGGGACGCCAAACUACCUGGUGGUAACCGAGGGUACCAAUACGGCGAGGGACGAUUCGAUCUUCUUAUUGUCGACGAGAUUCGACGCCUCCAGCCCGGGGAGUUAUUGGCAGUCGGUUGUCAAGUAAAAACUGGUCGACAUGGUAAAUUUAGAAAUGUGCAUGCGUGGAACAAGGGCGUUGUUAUUGAAAUGAAACCACCUAAAGCCCGAGUACGUUGGGACAGUGGAAUAAGACGUGAUUAUAGUUAUGGCGAGGACGGCAGAUUUGAAAUAGAAAUUUGGGACAGUGCUUCAUCGGCGACAACUUUGACAGAAUCUGACAAAGAGCUUGCAUCUGGGUUGAAAAGUAAAAAUAAAAACAAGCGUUCAAAGUAGAAUCGCUGUCUGCGUAGAUAAUCUGGUCUAGUAAUGCCAGUAAACAAAGCAUGAGCUGAAUAUCGGCUCCUUCCAAUGAAGCAUAAAAUUAACUUAGCAAAUAGAAUGUUUCAGAAAAUACAUCUGUUCAGUCUACUAAUUAUCUUGUCGUUUAAUUGUCACCAAAAUUAAACUUAUUCAUUACAUUUUUUCAUAUUAAGUUUUUUGAAACAAGUGAAUUAACGUUUGUAUAUAUAAUUCUGGGAUCAGUAAACGCAAAUUGUAAAACAAUGCUGUUAAAAAUAACAACAUUACUGAUAUUUAACUACCUAAUAAACACUCAUAAAUCUCAAAAAGUUUCGCAUAGAAAUUGCAAAAGCUUUUUUAAAAGUUCUCAAUUUCGUUGUUAACCUGUUAAUA